GGCCGAGUUCGUGGAUGAAGAGAGAGAGUGAACGAUCGGCUGCUGUCCUCUCGUGUACGAGGGAGGAGACAUCUGUAGGCGGGGGGAGCCGACCGAUCGAUCAGCCCAGCCUAGUCCCGGGAGAGUGGACAAUCAGAAGAGAAACAACGUGACAACGAUGGAGCUGGGUCUUAUGCUGUGGAUGUUCCUGACCCUAACGGGAAGCACACCAGCAGUGGGGGAACAGUACAGCAGAGCGGUGGAUUGGUUGAGCCGGUAUGGUUACCUCCCUCCUCCUGACCCAAGGACAAGUAAGCUGCAGACCAAGGAGGGGAUCGAAAAAGCUAUCAAGGUCAUGCAGAGAUUUGGGGGAGUCCAGGAAACCGGGGUGCUUGACAGCGAAACCAUCAAACUCAUGUCAACACCACGGUGCUCGCUUCCUGAUAUUGUUGGGAGUGAGGACAUGCUGAAAAGGAGGAGGAGGAGGAAAAGAUACGCUCUGUCGGGCCUUAAGUGGGAUAAGACAGACCUCACAUGGAGUAUCCACAGCUACCCAUCGCCCGUCCUCUCACCCAGGCUUCCUAAUGAUUUGGUGGAGAAUAUCCUGACUCACGCCUUCAAAGCCUGGAGUGACCAGGCCCCAUUUAGGUUCCGUCGGCUGCCGAGUGACAGCAGGGGGACUGCCGCCGGAGGGGACAUCAGAGUGUCUUUUUCCCGCUUGCUGCAUGAAGAUGGGUACCCGUUUGACGGGAAGGGUGGCACCCUGGCCCACGCCUUCUUCCCUGGCAAGGAUGAAGUGGCGGGUGACACACACUUUGAUGAUGAUGAGAGCUGGAGCUACGGAGGCGGCAGCAGCAGCAGCACAGACUUGUUCACAGUUGCAGUGCAUGAGUUUGGCCACGCGCUGGGCCUGUCCCAUUCCUCCGCCGACCCAUCCAUUAUGAGGCCAUACUACCAGGGUGCUGUGGAGGACAUUUCCAACUACCAGCUGCCCCUGGAUGACAGGCUGGCUAUCCAGCAGGUCUACGGUCGGAAGGAUGGUGGGCCACCAGGUGGUGUUGAUCCUGACCUCCCACACCUGCCCAGUCCACCUCCUCCAAAACCAACACAGCCUUCUGAGCCCUCCUUCCAUGAGCGCUGUCAGGGAGGUUUUGAUGCAGUGGCGAAUAUCAGGGGAGAAGUAUUCUUUUUUAAAGGUGCACAAUUCUGGAGAACUAAGCGAGACGGGUCUUUACUGUCCCUCAAUCCGGCUCAGAUAAUAAACUUCUGGAUCGGGCUGCCGCCAGGAACAAAGAGGGUUGACGCAGUGUAUGAGAGGAGAAGUGACAGCAGCAUCAUCUUCUUUAUAGGAUCUCAGUACUGGGUCUUCAAAGACACAAAUGUCAUGGAUGGUUAUCCUCGGCCCCUGUCUGAAUGGGGCAUGAAGACCAAGAAUGGGGUGUUGGUGGACAGGGUGGAUGCCGCCUUUAUCUGGGCCCAUAACGGCAAGACCUACCUGUUUAGCAGUGGGGAGUUUUGGAGGUUUGACGAGAGCCGUAAAGGUGAACAGUUGAACAGUAAGCCGGAUCCGGGCUACCCACGGGACAACAGCCUCUGGGCAGGAGUGCCCUCCGACAUGGAUGACAUAAUCAGCUGGGGAGAAGGGGAUGCCUACUUCUUCAAGGACAACCUCUACUGGGUAUUAAAGAACGGAGGACUGAACCAAGAUGGCGUCACUCCUAAAUCCAUCGCUGUGGACUGGCUCAGAUGUGCCGCUCCACCUUUAACUUCCACCAGUCCUCGAAUCCCGAAGGAGUGCAACUGUAACUUAAGGGGAUCAUCUUCAUUUCUAAGAAGCACCUGGGUCCUCUUGAUCUCUGUUUUAUUGGUGAUUAAUGAGUUUAUUAGAAAAUAGAAAUGUGAGUUUGUAAUUUUUUUAUGCUUGUAGGGGGAGGCUGCAGGGGGUUGUAAUACAAGUCUUCAAUCAAAUGGAAUUAAUUUUAAUAUGACUGAUGAUAUUUUAGUUUUUCUUGUUUUCAUGCUAUUAUAUUUUAUUUUCAGGGGUUUUCUUACAUGUUCAAAAGUAAAUACAGAAAGAUAAUAUUACACAUUAA